AUGGUGUCCUAUAAGAAGCCAGACUUUGUCUUUCUCAUGGAAACGAAAGUUGGAAGAAUCCAUGCGGAACGAUUGCGUGUGAAGUUGGGAUUUGAUGGUUUAUUUUACGUGGACAACGUGGGUUUGAGUGGUGGACUAGCACUAUUUUGGAAAUCGAAUAAUACUGCUCGAUUGCUGAGUUUUUCUAGGCACCACAUUGAUGUUGAGCAUGAAAAACGAGGGCAUAAUCACCAUCCGAAGAAUUUACUUCGGGGUUUCGGAGAAACGUUAGAUGAUUGCGGUUUGCACACUCUUCAUAUGGAGGGAUACCUGUCCACUUGGGAGCGUGGCCGAGGCACUGAUGCCUGGGUAGAGGAGAGACUUGAUAGGGUGCUCGCGACUGAUGCUUGGAGAUCUUCCAUGCCUUUUGCCAAAGUGGUAAAUACUCUAUCCCGUUCUUCUGAUCAUUCAAUUAUUUUCCUUGAUGUGAGGGGUAUGCAUAUUUUAUCUCAUAGAGUACGGAAGUGUUUUAGAUUUGAGAUGGCUUGGCUUCUAGAUGAGGGAUGUAGGGGUGUGGUGGAAGAAGCAUGGCAGGAAGGGAGGUGGCAAGGUUUGCAAGAUUGUUUAUUGUUAUGCGGGGAGAGAUUGAAAGCAUGGGGUGGUGAUAAUUUUCAUAAGUUUGGAAAGAACAUUAAAAAGCUCCGUGGGAAACGUCAGUCGCUCCAAGGACAUACUGAUCACGCCUCUGUGGUGGAGUUUAAACGUCUAGAUGGGGAGUUAAGCCGUCUUGAAGCUCAGGAGGAUGUGUUCUGGAGGCAACGUGCAAAACAACAUUGGUUGCGGGGUGCCGAUGCAAAUACUAAAUUUUAUCACCACUUUGCCUCGGCUCGUAAGAAAAAGAACACAAUCAGUAAGUUAAAGGAUGAUUUAGGGAAUUGGUUAGAGGGUGAGAACUUUCAUCCGCUUAUCUUGUCUUACUAUGAAAAUAUUUUCACUGCUUCAGGGACACAAGAUAUGACUUCUUUCCCAACCUUAUCUUCGCGUGUGACUUCGGAUCGGAAUGUUACUCUCCUGCUCCCGUUUACAGUGGAGGAACUUAAGACGACUCUUUUCUCAAUGUUCCUUGAUAAAGCACCAGGUCCUGAUUGGAUGAACCCUAGCUUCUACCAACAUUUUUGGGACGUGGUUGGUAACGACGUCACAGAUUUUGUUUUGAACUGUAUACAUAUAUGCUCUUUUCCUUGUCAAUUGAAUGAUGCAAACGUUGUGUUAAUCCCAAAGAAGAAUCCCCCUGAAGUUGUAUCUAGUCUCAGACCUAUCGCGUUGUGUAACGUGAUUUACAAAAUUAUGGCAAAAAUGAUUGCGAACCGGAUUAAACCUCUCAUGUCUUUAGUGAUUUCAGAAUCUCAAAGCGCCUUUAUCCCUAACAGGCUAAUCACUGAUAAUAUCUUGUUAACUGCAGAGGUUGGUCACUAUUUGAAUAGAAAACAAUUGGAUCAGACUGGUUGGGCUGCGUUGAAGUUGGAUAUGGCGAAAACUUAUGACCGUAUGGAAUGGGUCUUCCUCUGUAGGAUGUUGGAGACUUUGGGUUUUGAUCCUAAAUGGAUUGAGUUAAUUAUGCUUUGUGUGACCACUGUUCGGUAUCGUAUCUUGAUUAAUGGUUUGUCACAGCUGAUUCAACAAGCUCAGGCUACAGGAACAAUCCAUGGUUGUAGAGUUGCCCGGGGAGCUCCUGCAGUCUCUCAUCUAUUCUUUGCCGACGAUAGCCUUUUAUUUUUUAAGGCUAAUUUGAAUGAAGCUGCGGUUGUGAAACAUUGUCUACAAUCAUAUGAAUUAUUUUCUGGGCAGGCUGUCAACUUUCAGAAAUCUAGUGUUUGCUUUAGCAGGAAUACUGGUGACACUGGCCGAGUUGAAGUUGCAAACACUCUUGGCGUGGUUCAGGCGGCUGAUUUUGGGAAAUAUUUGGGCCUCCCGUCUUUUGUAGGGCGCAACAAGAGGAGAGUGUUUGCUUAUAUUGAGGAUAAGAUUAGACAGAGAAUUGGUUCGUGGAACAAGAAGCUGUUAUCUCGUGCUGGUAAGGAAAUAUUAUUGAAAAGUGUAGCUCAAUCUAUGCCUACCUUUUUGAUGAGUGUUUUCUUACUCCCCGAUUCGCUGUGUGUGGCCUUGGAGCGUCUGAUGAAUAGAUUCUGGUGGGGUACAGGAGGACAUAACGAAAAAGGGAUUCAUUGGAUGUCAUGGAAGCGUAUGUGCACUCCGAAAAGUUUAGGAGGCUUGGGCUUCAAGGAUUUACGUGCUUUUAAUCUGGCUCUUUUAGGUAAGCAAGGUUGGCGGUUCUUAAUUAAUCCUGCUUGCCUUGUGGCUCGUGUGUAUAAAGCCAGGUACUUUCCUAAUUCCUCCUUCGUUGAUGCCACGGUUGGUGCUAAUCCAAGUGCUUGUUGGAGAGGUAUUUUUGCAGCUAAAGACUUGAUUUGUGGGGGAAUUCGAAGGCGGAUUGGAGAUGGUACAAGCACUAAAAUCUGGGGUUCUCCAUGGUUACCUGAUUCGGACCCCAUGGUUCAUUCUAUACAACCUCCAUAUUUAUCAGAUACUACGGUUUCGGGUUUGAUUGAUCCUAUUACAAAUUCGUGGGAUGUCUCUAUCUUACUGGACCUUUUUGCACCAAGGGAUAUUGAUUUAAUUAAGCGAGUGCCUAUUAGCCCCGGUUAUACUGACUCGUGGUACUGGAUUGAUGAUCUUCGUGGCAUAUAUUCGGUGAAGAGUGGUUAUAGGCGUGUUAGGGGAUCUGUUGCACCUUUGUCUAGUGGUGUUAAUAUCUGGAAUAAGUUGUGGAAUUUAAAGAUUCCCCCGAGAUGGAACACAUUUAUUUGGAGGGCUAUUACUAAUACCCUCCCUACUACUUCUAACUUAAUCCAGAGACGUUUGGAUAUUAAUCCCCUAUGCCCCCUCUGUGCAGUACAGGUGGAAGAUGUGACACAUGUUCUUGUUUGUUGUGACUUUGCAGCUUCUGUAUGGAGUAUUUCUCAGCUUGAUAUCCCCAAUGGAGUUGAUGUAUCUUUCCCGAUGUGGAUCCAACAGGCCUUUAAUUCAGUGGAUGGAGAUGCAAUUAUCAAAGUUGCAGCGAUACUUUAUGCAAUAUGGAAUGCUCGCAACUCAGCAGUGUGGGAGGCCAAAGUGUCAACACCUGCCUCAGUGGUGGCAGUGGCGGUUACUACUUUACAAAAUUGGCAGCAUUCCCAGCCUUCAUCGAGCACUACUGUUCCUUUACAUGAUCAGGCAAAUUACCCUCCAUCUCAUUCUCGUUGUCACGUUGAUGCUGCCUAUGACAGUAUUACGGGGAGAGCGGCGGCAGGUGUAGUAUUAUUGAAUCCAAAUGGUGGCUUUGUUGCAGCGAUGAGCACUCCACUUCCUUUUUGCGAUUCGGCUAUUAUGGCAGAAACUCUUGCUUGUAAGGAGGCUCUUUCUUGGUUAAAGAACAUGAAUGAAGAUAAUGUUGCUGUGCUUACAGAUUGCGCAAUUCUAUGUGGUAAUCUUGGAACUUCUUCUCAGAUUCUUUCGUAUAUUGGUAUUUCCACGAGAGAUUGUCUUAGUAUUUUGAGUUCUUUUAUUUCUUGUGCUGUCUACUUUAUUCCUAGAUCAGUUAAUGGCUUAGCCCAUGCUUUAGCAGGAGACUGUUUUUCCUCUUUGCAGAAUGAUGUUAUGUUUUGGGAUGUUGUUCCCCUGACUCUAUUUUGGAGCUUUUAA